GAUAACAGCUUACGCUACGGGGGCAGAUACCUUAGCUGUUGAGCUGUGGACUUGGCAGUGAUGCCAUGCGGGGCCGACUUGCGUCCCUAGGACGGGAGCCUGAACGAGGGCGGUGUCUUCGACAGGACAGCUCAAUGCGACAUCUUUUCGAGCGUCAACUCUUUGGCUAUCCCUAAACUUCGCGACAUUGCCUGUUACUCUUUCGAUUUACCUUGUGACCUCUUCCUUUUGCCCUCCGAAUCUUACGCGUUCGACCGACCUGAAAACAGCUCUUCACAAUGGCCUCCGAAGCAAGACUUUACACUUUCUCCCAAGAAACCAAAGACCACCUGCGCAAGUUCCGCCUCGGGACUUCGCGCUCCAACGACCCUCAGGCCGUCAUCUACCUGAUCGAUAAGACAACCAAAGAAAUCAAGCAAGACGACGACAAAGUUGUAUACAAGACCCUCGAGGAAAUCGGCGAUGACCUGCCCGAUCACAGCCCGAGAUUCGUACUGCUGAGCUAUCCCCUAACUCUUCCCUCCGGCCGACUAUCGGUGCCCUACGUUAUGCUCUACUACAUGCCCUCGACAUGCAACAGCGCGAUGCGCAUGUUGUACGCGGGCGCCAAGGAGCUGAUGCGCAACACGAGCGAGGUGACCAAGAUUAUUGAUAUUGAGUCGCCGGAAGAGCUGGAAGAGAUUCCGGCCAAGCUUGGGGCUGCUUAGACGUGUGGUAAUAAGGGCAGGCCGUGGAGAGGACAGUAGGGGGCGCCGAGCUGACAGCCUAAUCGUGGAUGGAUGGACAGACACAAAGACAAAGUGCAGCCAGAUG